UGGUAAUCGCUCUGAGAAUUGGUUACAAAGCUCGUAAAUUUGGCGCCUGAGGCCCUGUUUUGGACAUAAACGGGACAAAAAUGAACAAAUCACUGUUUUAAAAACUCGCAUGCAUGUAAAGCAUGACAAAAAAUUAACGGAGGUAUUGUCCCUGGAUCUUCUGUACUUACAGCUGCUGUUAUCCAAUUGAGAAGGGGAGAGACGCCCCCGGCAGAAGACCAUGAGUGAGCUGGAGCAGUUACGGCAGGAGGCGGAACAGCUGCGCAAUCAGAUCCGCGAUGCCAGAAAAGCUUGCAGUGACUCCAGUUUGUCCCAGAUCACAGCUGGGCUGGAUUCUGUGGGGAGGAUCCAGAUGCGGACGAGACGAAUCCUUCGAGGCCAUUUAGCCAAAAUCUAUGCCAUGCACUGGGCUACUGAUUCCAGGCUACUAGUAAGUGCCUCACAAGAUGGCAAACUCAUCAUUUGGGACAGCUACACCACAAACAAAAUCCAUGCCAUUCCUUUGCGUUCAUCCUGGGUGAUGACCUGCGCAUAUGCGCCCUCGGGCAACUACGUAGCCUGCGGAGGCCUGGACAACAUCUGCUCCAUCUACAGCUUGAAGACCCGUGAGGGAAACGUCCGUGUCACCAGAGAGCUUCCCGGACAUACAGGUUAUUUGUCAUGCUGUCGUUUCUUGGACGAUAGCCAGAUAGUCACCAGCUCUGGAGACACCACAUGCGCCCUGUGGGAUAUUGAGACGGGCCAGCAGGCAACCAUCUUCACGGGCCACAGCGGUGACGUGAUGAGCCUGUCGCUCAGCUCGGACUCGAGGACGUUCGUGUCGGGUGCCUGUGAUGCCACCGCCAAGCUGUGGGACAUCCGCGAUGGCAUGUGCAGGCAGUCCUUCACAGGCCACGUCUCUGACAUCAACGCUGUCUGCUUUUUCCCUAAUGGCAACGCGUUCACAACUGGCUCGGAUGACGCCACAUGCCGCCUGUUCGACCUACGCGCUGAUCAGGAGCUCAUGAUGUACUCCCACGACAACAUCAUCUGCGGCAUCACCUCUGUGGCCUUCUCCAAGAGUGGCCGCCUGCUCCUCGCCGGCUACGACGACUUCAACUGCAAUGUGUGGGACACGCUGAAGGGAGAACGUGCAGGAGUCUUGGCUGGGCAUGACAACAGGGUCAGUUGUCUUGGUGUGACCAGUGAUGGCAUGGCUGUGGCCACAGGCUCAUGGGACAGCUUCCUUAGGAUAUGGAACUGACCUGGUUGGACAGGACUUCAGAGAGUGAUGCACCAUUCUCCAUCAGUCACUGUAGCACCCUGCUGCCACAGAGGAAGCCCCUCCUCCCUGCCUUCCUUUUCCAGGUGACCUGAUUUUCAUCAUUUCCUACUGGACCCUUCUUUCCCCCAGUCUCCAGUCAGCUGUAAAGGAUGAUGCCCAGCUAUGAGACUGUCUCUGCUUCCUCUUCACAUGCUCGCACGCACACACACACACGCUCACACACACACACACACACACACACACCUACCUACCUAAAGACUGUGGUGGGUGGGUGUAUACACAACAUUUGCUAUUCUAUGUGCUUGUAUGUGAAAUGUGUGCAUUUCCGACAGUGUUUGGAUGUGUGGAAUCUCGUGAUGGGUUGUCACAAACUUUUCUUUCCUUCAUUAUGGACUUUCCAGUUUGAUGUCUUGUGGUGUCUUUUUUUUUUUUUUUCUUUUUUUUUUUCUUUCCCCUCCCCUUUUUCUUUUCAUUGUGGCUUUUGUUUUUGUUUGUUCCUUUUUUCCCUGUGCACAGAAGAGCACUGCGAACGGUUUGUGUUUCCCACCAUGAACUAACUGACAUUCAGAAUGGUGCAGGUGCCGAAGUUUACCUGCCCUGGCCCUGGCCCUGGCUAGACGUGCCAUAGUGAUCCACAUGUAGAUUUAGUUGAAGAUGCACUCAAAGUUGUGUAGAGCAUUGUUCCACUGAUCCAGGCUCAUUUAGGACAUUCAAAAGCCACGGUGCCUCCUCUUGGAGCAGCUUCAACAGCUGCCAUCUGGCUGGUCAGAAGUCGUUCCCUGUCCUAGUCAGCCGUUGUGCAGUAUUCUUUUGAUUUAAAUUGACUGGGAUCAGCCUGCAUUUUUGAGCUCUCACAGAAGCCUUGACUUUGGAUUCAGUGUUUUCAUUGUUAGUGAACUGGGUGCUUUGCACAUCGCUGGUUCAGUUUGAAAUGGUUCCUUGCACCUCCCACCCAUAACAUCUAGCCAUAGCAUUUGAUAAACUGCUAGAUGUGCUGGCUAAUGAGGCCUUGUGAUUUGGUGACGCAUGCCAUAAACAUCUGUUAUGGACUGAAUUUCAUAAAGGUGUCACUCAUUAGGCAAAGAACAUGGCAAGAUAACGCAAAGUAUUCCGAGGUGUUUUUGAGGUAUUUUCCAAGAUCUUGAACUACAGUCAUCAUGGACAAUGCACAUCAUAGCAUUUUUUGGGGAACUGGGAACUCAUGAAAAACUAGCAGGGACUGUCAGCUUUUAUAAUGAUGGAGUCUGUUAACUCAGCAUUUGUUGGUAGAUGCUGUUGCUCCAACUGGAGAAUGAGGGAGCAGAGUCUUAAACUAUCAUGGUUCUAUAUGACCACAAACUUCACUGUGUAGAUUUCCACAAAUGUGAGAUGAGUGUUUUUAAAUGGCAUGGAGCCUUCUUGCUGUGCCCACGUUCAGAGGUGGGCAAGCAUUAACUAUCAACUAACUUGAAAAUCAGUAAUCACCAGAAGUUGGUGCCAGUUGAUGAUAAUGAAUGUGUAAUGAAGGUUAUUAGACUUUUAAAACGGUCGUAACUUUUUUUUCCUUUGUUUUGUUUUACUAUGGAUUGUGUUCUUCAUACUUACAAUUUCUUACUUUCUCAGAUAAACAUUGAACAGUUGCCAGACCUGAGUUUGCAAAGAAGCUUUUUAUCUAAAUCUCUUAGAUUAAAUCUGUGCCCCAUCCCCUUUUUGGCAUAAAAAGCUGUCUAAAGUUACAUGUAAGGGUAGUGAUGCUUCUUAAUUAUGACACAAUUUGAAGAUAUUUACACUAUAUCAUUUUUCAGUAUAACAAAAAAAAAAGUGUAUAUAUAGUUUGAUCUGAAUGUAUUCUAGUAAACGCAUUUUGUACUGUUGACUUCCCCAUUAACAAAAUUUGGCCUUUAUUUCACUUUGAGGUUUUAAACUGAAUUUCCCAUCUGAACAAUUUAGUGAGGUGUAAGGAGCAAACUAAUGAUUAUCCUAUGGAUACUUUGGCUAGCUACCUGGGACUUAUCCUAUGGAUAAGAAUCAACAGGGUUCUAGCAAGGCUGCCAGAAUGAGAAAUCUGUUUUCUCCUUUGUUAAAUAUCCUCCAUUUGAACCUUUUUAAACAUAGUUUGAUCUUUCAACCAAUGAAACCAGGAAAGUGCUUAACCAGGCAGUACGUAAUGACUCUGUGAAAUUUUAUAAGUCUCAAGAAUUUAUGCCUGAACAGUGUUGCUAAGACCCUAUUUCAAUUCAGAGAAGUCCUCAGUUCCUCUGAGAUCUCUGUAUGGGGAAAUCCAUGUUGUAUGGGCGAAUGCGCACUGUGCCUCAAUGAUGCAACAUCCGGUGUGUCCACACAAAUGCUUUGCCUUUCAGUAUAUACAUUGUUCCAGAGUGCCACAGUAGUAAUGCUUGAAAUCAUUCAAUAUGGCUAUUUAAAUAUAGCCAACCUCAAAAGGCCUGAUUUAUGUUUUACCCACUGUAAGGUGUUUUCCCUCAAAUACUGUUAGAAGUGAGAGAAGUCUUAACUGGUCUGGUUUUCAAAGUUGGCGAGCAGCAGCAGACUAGAUGGGAAGACAUUGCGCUGCAGUUUCUUCAUCACAGAAAUUUGGGCCGACUGCAUGAUGACGGCGCUACCAAGAAACAACGCUCCCCCCACCCUCAUCCUAAAAUGAAAGUUCAGAUGAGGAAACUGCUCACAGUUAUGUUGGUGUGGCAUCCAAGACCCUUGUUAUCAGAAUCACAUUAGAGGACUCAAGCACAGCUACCCUUGUUGCCUGUCCUUUUUGUCAAUUUGUGUGUGUGUGUGUGUGUGUGUGUGUGUGUGUGUGUGUGUGUGUGUGUGUGUGUGUGUGAGUGAAAACCGAGUACAUCAUGGCUUCAUUUACACGGGUCCUUCUUUAGGAGGGUGGUGAUGUAGGCUUAAUCUGUGUCCAAACGCCAGUGGUAUGUGCAUCCAACACAGAUUUAAAAAAAAAAAUUUUUGACUAUAAAAUACUGGGGAACAGCACACAAAUAACCUAAGUGCAUUCUUACAAGCAGGGUAACAACACCGUCAGUUCUUGUUGUUUUCUUUUAUUUCAUUGAUAAGAUGUACAUGCAAGGAAUAAUGGCUGUGCUGUUUUAGGCUGUGCUGUUUUUAAUCGUUUUAUAGGUUUCCUGCAGUAGGCUGGUUAAUGUUAUAAAACAAAUGGUACUCUAUUUAAUGUGCCUGUGAGAACCAAACUAUUAGCAUCACUGCCUUAAGCGGGUGACACAAGCAUCUGGUCAUGUAUAACUAUCUAAUUAAAGUCAGAAUCAUUUAUGGUUUUGUCUCAUUGAUGCUUUUCGUGUUGAUUAGCAUGGACUGUGGGGAGGGGUGUUAGUAGAACUUUUUUGCCUCUUUAAUACCAGCUUAUUUGAGUGGGUUUUAUUUUGUUUUUUUGUUUUUCUUCACUUUUUUAGCAUCAAAAACAAAUUUUGUAUUUUAUGUUGGUCUGGAAAAAGAUAAUUAUUCUUCACAGUGGAAGCAUUUUAUUAAUUUUUUUAACACAAGAUUUUAUUUGUAUUUGUACAGUGGCUGAGUGACACUUGGUGUACGUUCUCAUAACCAAUAAAGGCUUUUCAUCAAGCA